AUGGCGGGUUUGCAAGCAGCCAAAAAGGAUCUUCGCAAAAAAAUGCGCGAUGUCCUCCAAAAGAUCCCCGCGGAUUUCAUUAUCCAUCAAUCCAGAGUUGCCACAGGUAAAUUAAUCGCUCUACCUGAAUAUCACAGUGCGCGACGCAUAGGAGUCUAUCUAUCCAUGCCGACAGGGGAAUUGUCCACUACCGCGAUCGUCCAGGAUGCCUUGACGAAUGGCAAAGAGGUGUUCGUGCCUUAUAUUCACAGCCUAGAGUCACCAACGACACAGCAGAAUACAUCGGUCAUGGACAUGUUGGCCUUAGAUUCGAUGGAUGAAUUCAACUCCCUUGCGCCCGACAAAUGGGGGAUUCCAUCACUCACCAAGGACCAAGCAGCCGUAAAAAAAAAUUGUUUUGGCGGAAUCGGGGUCACUCCUGCAGGGUCUUCGGAGGCUACAGAUGGAAUAUCUGGGCUCGACUUGAUCGUGAUGCCAGGAAUGGCUUUCGAUCAAGGAUUUCGACGUCUAGGCCAUGGGAAAGGAUAUUAUGAUCAUUUUUUGACUAGGUACUCUAAAGCGGCUGAGAGCAAGGCCUGGACGCCAAAAAUGCCUCUACUCGUUGCCCCCUGUCUCAAGGAACAAAUGCUCCCUUCGACCGAAGAAAUCCCCGUAUCAGAUCAUGACUGGCUAGUAGAUGUUCUCAUUGUGGGCAAUGACCGGUGCUGCUACCGCCAGGGUUUGAGCCCAGAAACCACUUUCCUCUCAUGA